CGAACCUUACCUCCGUCGUUUUACCGCCAAUUUUGGCCCCGAGAAACAAUAAAGCAAUCGCCAAACUCGAAGAACCCUAGGGAUCUCUGCCUUUCCUCCCUGUCAAGUCCUCCAUUUUUCGCCACCUCGAGCUCCAACUCUACCUCAGAUAUGGUGGCGGAUUCAAAGCGGUUCCACUCUCCUCGAACGCAGGGUUUCUUCUCCUCUUAUCCCUCCGUAUUUCUCUCCCCUCUCACAUGUGUCAACGGUUCCCCGAAUAAAUGAUUGCAUUCAUUGCCCCUAGCUUCCGUCGGAUGGCCGUUCCCCAAAGCAAGCUUGGUUAAAGUGCUCUUUACUUGCGUCGCAGGGACCCCUCUUCUCACCCUUCGACUAACAAAGAAGAAUUCUCCUUCCAAGGCUCCGGUACUGCAUCCCCGGUUUGAUCUCCACCGGACUGUGAGAGCUACAUCCUUUUUGUACUCUGGUUGGAGGACAGCAGCCAAUCUUGCAGUGAAAGGAAAGGGAAAAAAAUUCAAAAAUUUUGAAUCCCUCUCUACCAGCGCGGAGGCACUGCAGUUAAAGCAGCCAUUCCAGCUUUUCUUGCAAGGAAAAAAGAAAUGUCAUAGGCUUGAGAGAGGACUUGCUUGAUCUGAAGUCUAGAUAGGAAUGGAGGAGGCUAAGCUGGUAGUUUCGGCGACAGCGAUUCUGUUGGUCUGCUUGGCGGCGAUUGUUUCGCGAGGAGCCGCUGAGCCGGUGGAGGACAAGCAGACUCUGCUGGAUUUCAUCGCGCGGCUUCCUCCCCGGCGCGUCCUCAACUGGAGCCCCUUCACAUCGGUCUGCGACACCUGGCGGGGCGUCGCGUGCAGCGGCGACCGCGCCCGCGUGGUGGCCGUCCGAUUGCCUGGGGUCGGCUUCAACGGCCGCAUCCCCCCCGACACCCUUGGCCGCCUUACGGCGCUCCAGAUCCUGAGCCUCCGCUCCAACGGCCUCUUCGGCCCCAUCCCCGCCGACUUCGCCAACCUCACCGCCCUCACCGGCCUCCACCUCCAGCUCAACAGCUUCUCCGGUCCCCUGCCGUCCGAUCUCUCCGGCUGGAAGAAUCUAACGGUCCUCGAUCUCUCCUUCAACGCCUUCAACGGCUCCAUCCCGACGUCCCUCUCCAACCUCACCCAUCUCACCGCCUUGAACCUCUCCAACAACUCCUUCUCCGGCGAGAUCCCCGAUCUCCAACUCCCGAGUCUCCAGCUCUUGAAUGUUUCCAACAACCACCUCAAUGGCAGCAUCCCUAAAUCUCUACAGAAAUUCCCAAAUUCCUCUUUCUCCGGCAACCAUCUCUCCCCGAUUUCUCUCUCGACCCCGCCGCCGUUGCCCCUUUCCUCCCCUUCUCCUUCCCCUUCGCCUUCGCCUUCGCCGCCGCUUCCGGGAACGGGAGCUUUCCGCAGGCUCAGCGAGUCGGUGAUUCUUGCAAUUAUCAUCGGCGGCUGUGCUGUAAUUUUUGCGGUGAUGGCGUUGUUUCUUUUCCUCUGUUGCUCGAACAGGGACGCCGAUGGCGUGGUCGCCGGGAAGGGAUCCAAAGGGGAUCGGUCGCCGGAGAAGGCCAUGGCCGGAAACCAGGACGAGAUGAACCGGUUGGUGUUCUUCGAGGGCUGCACGUUUGCUUUCGACUUGGAGGAUCUGCUGAGGGCUUCGGCGGAGGUGUUGGGGAAGGGGACGUUCGGGACGGCGUACAAGGCGGUGUUGGAGGACGCGACGAUGGUGGUGGUGAAGAGGCUGAAGGAGGUCGGGUUCGGGAAGAAGGAGUUCGAGCAGCAGAUGGAGGUGGUCGGGAGCAUCAAGCACGAGAACGUGGUGGAGCUGCGGGCGUAUUACUAUUCCAAGGAUGAGAAGCUCAUCGUGUAUGACUACUUCGCCCACGGCAGUGUGGCUGCUUGGUUACAUGGAAAAAGAGGGGAAGACAGGAUACCUCUAGAUUGGGAAACUAGAUUAAAGAUAGCCGUUGGAGCUGCAAGAGGAAUUGCACACAUCCAUACUGGGAACAACGGCAAACUUGUUCAUGGGAACAUUAAAUCAUCCAAUGUCUUCCUCAACAACCGGCAAUAUGGAUGUGUCUCUGACCUUGGGCUGACGUCCUUGAUGAACCCAACGAUUCCUCCUGUGUCCCGGACUGCAGGAUAUCGUGCACCUGAGGUGGUUGACCUGCGAAAAGCAACACAAGCUUCAGAUGUUUACAGUUUUGGUGUCCUCAUGCUUGAACUUCUCACAGGGAAGUCCCCUAUCCAAAUAAAAGGUGGGGGUGAUGAGGUGAUCCACCUAGUACGGUGGGUUCAUUCCGUGGUCCGUGAGGAGUGGACUGCAGAGGUGUUUGAUCUGGAGCUGAUGAGAUAUCCAAAUAUAGAGGAGGAGAUGGUGGAGAUGCUUCAGAUUGCAAUGACCUGUGUGGCUAGGAUGCCAGAGCAAAGGCCCCGGAUGACAGAGGUAGUGAGGAUGAUUGAGGAUGUCAGAAGGUUCGAUACUGGGAACCGGCCUUCAUCGGAGGCCUCAACACCGCCAAAGGUACAGGUUGUAGCAGGAACAAUGGCCACGCCACAGUAAGGCCCUUAUUAAGCGUGCCGUAUCAUGCUGAUAUGUCCUUCCAUGCUUGCUGCAUGGCUUGAUUCGUAGAAACGCAUCACCGUGUGUUGUAGCAUUUGUUCAAACUUUUCUUUCUUCAAUCUUGAUGCUUGUUUAGGAUUAACUCAAUGCCGUGGACGUUGUAGUUUUUAAGGUUCAGGUAAGAUGAAGGCAUGCCUCGAUCAGAGAUGGGUCUGGCAGUAAGUCGUAUGGCCCUGCAAAUGUCUUUUUCUCCUUGGUUACAGAAGUAUCAGAAUGCUUCCCUCAAUGCAAACACUAAACCCUCUAGCUGUACAAAAGGGCUAGUUUGAGAGUGCAAACUGAAUUCAAAUGA